UUUAAAGGUCUGACAGCCUAAAUUUCCACACUUUGCUUUGCUGCAUAUUUUGUGAUUUUAAAUCUGCUGAUGUUCUCUCACCCAAGUGUUUUGCCCCAACUUGGAUCUUGGCCCCCAGGGAAUUCUCCUUAUGUAUACCCACUUUUUCCGUGCCAGUCAACAACUAGCACCAGCUCUCUAGGGCCUCAAUCAGGAGAUGUUCACAGCCCUAAAUGGUGGUGAUUGAAUCUUAUCCCUGCUGCUGAGCCAGUGCCCACCCCCUUUCUGAGGCCUGUACAACAGAAGCUCAUGAAAUGUUCACACUUGUUCCACUAUCAUAUCUGGUCAAAUAUUUUCCCUGCCUUUUGCAAAGUUUUACAAAACUGCACAAACCUCUUUUGUUGGGGAUGACAGUGGGACAAAAUUCAUGAGUGCAGACAUUGUGGACAAUGAUAGCUCUAUUUUAACUCCCUGUUUCUCUGUACACCCUUAGGCAUUAGGCUAAUUGUGUUCUACAUUUGUAUGAGCAUACUCAAGCCUUGCAUAUUUCUCUGCUUUAUCCCAGGAAUCACCCUUUGGGACCACAAAUUGCUUCAGAAGGACUUGUGUAUCAAACCGCAACCCAAGGCUGAAUAUGAAAUCAUUGCAUCUGACUCCAUCGAUGAUAAGGCCUCUGCCCUCAAUGUCUCAGCGUCACUCAAGGCCAGUUUUUUGGGGGGAUUGGUUGAAGUGGGUGGAUGAGGCAAAUUCCUUCAAGACACCAAGAAGUCCACGAAACAGGCCAGAGUCACUCUGCAGUACAAAGCUACCACCAAGUAUUCACAGCUGACCAUGAGCCAUUUAGGAAUCCAAAAUGUCACUUAUCCAGCUGUUUUUGAGCAUGGCACAGCCACCCAUGUUGUCACUGCCAUCUUGUAUGGAGCCCAGGCUUUCUUUGUAUUUGACCGAAAUGUCUCUUCUUCCGAGUCUGUGCAAGAUAUACAAGGAAGCCUCCACGCUGCGAUCAACUUGAUUGCAGUCUCUAUCAAAGGGGAAGCAUCUGUCCAGAUAGAGGAGAAGGAGAAAGCCCAAACGGAGAAUUUCAGCUGCAAGUUCUAUGGGGAUUUUUCUUUGGAAAGUAAUCCGGUGACUUUUCAAGAUGCUAUGAAAGUCUACAGUGAUCUGCCCCAAAAGCUCAGGGAGGAUGGGGAGAAGGCUGUGCCUGUCAGAGUUUGGCUGUACCCACUGACCAAGCUAGAUUCCAGAGCAGUUAAGAUGGUGCGUGAGAUCAGCUUAGCACUGAUCUUUGAUGCUCAAACUGUCUUGGAGAAUCUGAAUGAGAUCAACAUGCGAUGCAAUGAUCUGGCUAUGAAUCCUGUUGCUGAAAAGUUCCCAGAAUUAAAGAAGAAAAUCAAGAGAUUCAAGGAUCUGUGCAAGCAGCACAGGCAGACUUUCCAGAAACACCUGGCAGGAAUCCUGCCUUUGAUCCGGGGAGGGGGGAAAGAGGAAAGUGUUCUGGUGGACAUUUUAAUGUCCAUUAACCAGUCUCCCUUCAAUAACCAAAGACUCAGUGAGUUUUUGGAUGCCAAGGAACAAGAAAUUAAUUUGGUGAAUUCUUACCUUAUUAUCCUAAGUGGAAUGGAAGUAAUCUCUUCCCAGAGCAAACUGGUAGAAAUCGUGCUAAACCCUGUGAAUGAGUUUGUUGUCUCAUUUACCUUCACUUCUUUACAUGAUGAGGAACCAUUUUUAGCCAGCUUACAAGACUGGCUUCAGAAAGAUUUUUUUCAGGAAACAACAAAUUCCAUCAGUGGCCAGUCAACACCCAAGAGCAGUCAAGCCUGGUUUGAGCACCAAGAGAGAAUUCGGAAGGCUCGUAAAGCUGCCAAAUCCAUUACACAUUUUGCCCAGGUCAAUAAAUCAAAUGAGAAAACCCGGUUCCUUGUGGCUUCUGUCCCUGGUCAGCCAUAA